CGGUCGCACGCGCUGUGCAUAUACCAAAAAUCAUAAACAAAAUUAACCACAUAAACGGAUAACGCCGUUGCGUGUGUUCCCAGGCAAACACCGAGCUGAGUGCCAGCAAAACAAACACGGCGGAAGAAGAACAACAGCCAGCAGGCAAGAUGGUGGACGAACCUUCCGACGAUGAGAACUCGGAGCCCACGCCCAAGAAGAUCAAGCGGGAGUGGUCGAAGAGCUACUCGAACAAGGCCAUGGAGAUGAUGAAAAAGAUGGGCUACGAGAACGACAAGGGUCUGGGCAAGAGCAACCAGGGUCGCCUCGAGCCGAUCAUCGCCGUACAGCAGGACGGCCGUCGCGGCUUUGGCCUUAAGCUAGACGCAAUCACAUCAUUGGCCGGCGGCCAGUGGGAUCCCAACCGCGAGGAGUUGGACAUACCGGAGCCAGUGCUUUGGCUGACCAACCUAGGCGGCGGUGCCCUGUUAUAUACCACCGAACAGUUGCAGGGCCACGUUGUGCUCGGCCCCAAGAAGCGUACGCUCGAUGGAGAGACCCUCUACUGCGAUCCCACAAUCCUGCACCACAUCCUCGAUGCCAAGACGGUGUUUGAUGAUCUCAACGAUAGCGAAAAGAGGCGGGCGCGAUCACGCUGCAACCCUUUUGAGACCAUACGGAGUUCCAUCUUCCUCAAUCGCGCCGCCGUAAAAAUGGCCAAUAUAGACUCCAUGUGCGACUACAUGUUCACCAAUCCCCGCGACAGCAACGACCGAUCGCUGGUGGCUGCCGACGAGCUGCUCUAUUUUACGGAUAUGUGUGCAGGCCCUGGCGGUUUCUCCGAGUAUGUGCUGUUCCGCAAAUCCUGGGAGGCCAAAGGCUUCGGCUUUACCCUGCGCGGCGCCAACGAUUUCAAGCUGGAAAAGUUCUUUGCCGCAUCACCCGAGUCCUUUGAUGCUUUCUACGGCGAUAAGGAGGACGGGAAUAUAUUUGACGAGUCCAACCAGGACUCGUUAAACGAAUACAUCCGUCGCCAUACUCCUUCGGGAGUUCACUUUGCCAUGGCCGACGGUGGCUUCUCCGUUGAGGGUCAGGAGAACAUCCAGGAGAUCCUUUCCAAGCAGCUGUACCUUUGCCAGUUCCUUACCGCCCUUAAGAUACUGCGCGAGAACGGCAGCUUCGUGUGCAAAGUCUUCGACCUCUUCACGCCGUUCAGCGUGGGUCUGGUCUAUCUGAUGUACAAGUGUUUCCACCAGAUCGCCAUCAUCAAGCCAAACAGUAGCAGGCCAGCCAAUUCGGAGCGCUACCUGGUCUGCAAGUAUAAGCGCCCGGAUGCGGAGACGGCCGCCAUAACCGCCUAUCUGAACUCGGUCAAUCGUAUGCUCAAUGAGGAGGAAGACGAGGGUAGCGACGUCCAGGAGAUCUUCAAUGCCAAGGAACUUGCCGAAGACGAGGACUUCCUGCGCUAUAUUAUCGAUUCGAACAAUGCUAUUGGGAGGAAACAGAUUGUGGGCCUGCAGAAGAUCGCCGCCUUCGCCCAGAAUUCUGAGCUAAAGGAGACACGCCAGUCGGAGGUGCGGAAGGAAUGUCUUAAGCGCUGGAGUCUGCCUGACAAGCUGCGCCAGGCGCCAGAAAUCAAGCCGACCGAGCGUUUGCUUGAGGAGUUGCUGGCCGAUUGGGCGAAGGAUCGCACUUGGAUGAAUCUGGCGCCGACUGAGCUAUGCGGCGUGGCGAUGCUGGACAGCGCCGUGCAGAAAGUAUCCAACUGGUACUUUGUGCCCGUCGGGCGCGAGGAGACCAACCUCAAUGCCUGCACCCUGUUCCUGUGUCGUUCGCGUGGCAAUCUCCUGCGCUUCACCGAGCACAAGAAAUGGGAGCUUGUAGAGACGCCGUUUGAGGUGCAGCCACGCUCUAUUUUCUUUGGCCAGAUUGUGUACGAGUUCUACGGCGAGGGCCGAACCAUCCAGCGGGUGGCGGCCCUGCACAUCAUCGACGGGAUUUGCUUGGGCGGCAUCGACAUACGCCGACGGCCGUUCCGAGAGCGGGUUAGCAUGUGCGACAAGUACGCCCGCAGUCUGAACAAGCCGUAUCGCAAGGAGCGCACCGUUGGGGCGCUGCGCAGCAAGCCCUUUUUCCCACUGAGCGACCUGGAUGUUUUCUUUGCCGAAAUGCGGCGCUAUGUUCUGAAGGACAACUCGAAGCGCUUCGGCUAUGCUCUCGACGACGACAAUAAGUUUUUUGUGCCCGGUGGACUGCUGCUGUUCCGCGAGCUCACCCAUAACUACGUGUCGGCGCAUUCGCGCUCCCACAACCAGCUGUACUACUUCAACGUGAAGACCAGGGAGUCGUACUUCAAGGAUCAGAUACCCAGCAACAAGGCCCUCGAGAUAUUCGCCUCGUUUAGACACAGCUACUGUGGACGCCUGCUCUGGAAGUGGACGAACCUACGGCAGGUGGACGAGCAUGCCACCGAGGAGGAUCCGCAAAUUCUCUACCGUAGCGAUUUUGUGCAGUUUAUAUCGCACAAGAUGAGCCAGUGUUAGGGGAUAAAUAGCUUCUUCCGUAGAAGUUUAGCCUUAAGCCUAAGCUAUGUGUUUUUUUUAUUCUGCUUUUACUUACUCGAUUUAAGUAUUUAGGACGCAGGAACUGAUAAAUACGAUGAUUUUUGUUUACCUGACGAUCACAACAUCCAUUUACAUUUAUUUUGAAUCAUCAAUUGUCAUGUCAACUGUUUUAUUUCUAAAGAUCCUACCAAAGUUA